AUGAUCAACAUCUCAUACAACAUUGCCUGUCAAUGGCAUAAGAAGCUCUGGGCAUAUAUGGAAGGCAUGCCAUCAAGAUUUCACAUCCCUUGCGACUCAAUGACCAUCCGAUUUUUUGUGCCAAAGUUUCAUCUGAAGGCGCACAUCGAUGAAUAUGGUGAGGCUCCCGAGCGUGGUCGUACACUCUUGUGCAAGAUCCGCAAUGCCAUUAAGUGGAAAAAGGAGCAUGAGGAAGGACUAGCAGAGCUAGAGAGGACCAUUCAGCCAAUGCUUGUCCUUCAGUGGAGGAAAAAAGUUGAAGCUUGGGAGGAGGACAACUCUCAACCUAAUCCGUUCGAGAGCCGCUAUGCUUCUAUUACACAAGCCGCAGUUCAUCUACAGCUCGCUGAGCUUGAAGCCCAUGAACUUCAGGUAGGGAUCAAUGUCUUCCUGCAUACUGACAUUUCCCCAAGCAGAUUGAUCACUGCUGGCAUUGAUCUUCAAGACCAACAACAGCGCCUGAAGACGGACAUUGCCAAUGCAUCUCUUCACUCCACGGACAAGCAGAAGACUACCCUUCGUCAUCAAUCUUCAGAAGCUGGCACAACAAACAUGGCACAGCUAAAGCCUGAGGCGUUCAAGCUUUGGCUCCCAUCUGAACUCCAACCAACAGUAGGAUGUGAUAACAGGCUGGCUGCACACAAAUGGGAUCUAUGGCACGCACAAGCACUGGAUGCCCUUAACGAAGUCUGUUCACAUCUCUGCCUUCAGUCUCACAUGUAUAUCUACAAAGAUAGAAAUGCUCUCAUCGAAGGCAUGGAGGUGAGGAAAUGUGCUAGUGUUGACAAGUACCGGUCUGGCUGGGACAUAUCCCUUCCACCACUCCUGGACUCACAAGUGAGGCCUAUGGGUGACAUGGAGAGACAGGUCACUGGCUGGACUCACAUGUGGACAAUAGUAGCUCAGAAAAUGAGCGAGUUCAGGAUUCUGUUCGAGUGGAGUGGUGCAAAGCACGCGCACGUGCAAACUGCUGGCUGCGCUGCGUCUGUCUCUCGUGGCCUCCUUUCAGGACCUAUGGAAAGAUGUGCUGAUGUUUCAACAGUGAAGAUGAACCUACCAUUGACACACGGCCUCAGUUGCACAGUUGAUACAUCACCCAUGUACAGACAUUAA